AUGGAAUCAAAUAUUGAAUGGACACAAACAACUCGUGGUGCAAAAGCAUUUAUAUAUAAAAAUCAAAAAUAUAGAAAGCGAUGUUCAAAUAAGGAUGGUUCUGAAAUAUGGAUUUGUUGUAAUAAAUCUUGUGGAGUAUCAAUGGUUUUAUUUGAUAAUAUUAUUAAACGUUAUCCACAAGAACAUUUACAUGAAGAAUUACAACAUACACCUGAAAUUAGGACUUUAUUGGAAAAUAUAUACAAAGAAACAAAAGCUGAUUUAUUGAAACCUGUAACCGAAAUAUAUCAACAACAUUUAAUCCAACAUAAAAGAAAAAAUGGAUUAGCUGAUGAUGUACCUAUUUUUAAUUACAUAAGAUCAACGGCUUAUCGUCGUAGAUCAUCAGUUCUUCCGCCAAUUCCAAAAACACUAGAAGAUAUCGUGAUACCUGACGGCUUAAAAUUUUUCGAGAAUGGUGAACCAUUUGUUAUACUCGAUAGUCCAGCACCAUAUCGUCUUAUAACACUAUGUUCUCCAAAAGCAUUAGUAUCACUUGGUAUGCUUCAUGUGUAUUAA